UGUGAAUGGCAGCCAAUGGGAGGGUUGAGUCCCCUCAGCCUUUCAGCCUCCCUGACAUCCACAGCGAGAAGUGAUGCAGCGCGACUGAGACGCGCAGUUGAGGUGGAACAACGGGCAACAAAAGCUGCAGUGAACGGAUACACUUGGCACCGACGUACACCUUCACAAACCUGGGGACAUUUCCUCCAAGAAUAAACUUCAUUAUCAGGUGCUGUUUGCUGCCCCAUGUGAGUUGAGGAGCCUUUUAUGCUUCAAUAGAUUACAGCAUGUGGACUGAUCCGAUACUCUGACCAAAAACCACUGGACACAGACCACUGCGGGGGGAGAAGACAGAAGGUUGUGGUGGUGUGGCCAUGGAUAGAAGAAGAGUUUGCGUAUUGAUGGUGCUGUGGGCCAUGGCCCACCUCAGCUCUCCGGGGUACGGGCUCAGGGCCCUGCGAAGGACUACAGGGGGGCGGAAGGGGUCCACAGGACUGACGGGACAAGACGCCAAUGGAGUGCCGCUCAGGCGCUCCAAACGAGGUUGGAUGUGGAACCAGUUCUUUUUGUUGGAGGAAUACACCGGGACAGACAUGCAGUAUGUCGGAAAGCUUCACUCAGAUUCCGAUCGAGGAGAUGGAAGCGUGAGGUACGUCCUCACAGGGGAGGGAGCGGGGUCCCUCUUCAGGAUAGACGAGAAUUCGGGGGACAUCCACGCCACCAAGAGGCUGGACCGGGAGGAGAAGGCCUACUACAUCCUCCACGCCAAAGCCGUCAACCGCGUCACCAAUGAGGCGCUGGAGGGUCAGUCGGAGUUCGUCAUCAAGAUCCACGACAUCAAUGACAACGAGCCUCGCUUCACCAAGGACCCGUACAUGGCCAGAGUCCCAGAGAUGUCUGACAUCGGCACCUCUGUAAUUCAGGUGACGGCCACGGACGCAGACGACGCCACGUACGGGAACAGUGCCCGCGUGGUGUACAGCAUCCUGGAGGGGCAGCCGUACUUCUCUGUGGACCCGGAAACCGGCCUGAUCAAGACAGCCCUGCCUGGCAUGGACCGAGAGGUCAAAGAAAACUACCAGGUUGUGAUCCAGGCCAAAGACAUGGCUGGACAGAUGGGCGGGCUCUCAGGCACCACCACGGUUAGCAUCACCCUCUCCGACGUGAACGACAACCCGCCACGCUUCACUAAGACCGUGUACGAGUUCAGGGUGCAGGAGUCCAUCGAACUCGGUUCUCCUGUGGGAGCGAUCCGCGCCAUGGACGCCGACAUCGCCGAGAACGCGGAGAUGGACUACAGGAUCAUCGGGAGCGACGGCCCCGGGAUGUUUGAUGUCAGCACCAACAGGAGCACGCAGGAGGGCGUCAUCGUGCUGAGGAAGCCUCUGGACUUCGAGAGGAAGCGUCAGUACAGUCUCCGUAUUCAGGUGGAGAAUGCCCACAUCAACCCUCGCUUCUUCUCCGUCGGCCCCUUCAGGGACGAAGCCACAAUCAAGAUCGUCGUGGAAGACGUGGACGAGCCGCCGAUGUUCGAGCGGAGCAGCUACGUCAUGGAGGUCAAAGAGGACGCGGCCAGGAACACCACCAUCGGCUCCGUCAGCGCGUCUGAUCCUGAUGACAAACACAGUCUCGUCAGGUACUCUAUUGAUCGUCGCACGGACAUGGACAGAAUGUUCAACGUCCAUGCAGGGAAUGGGUCAGUGUUCAUCCUGCGGGAGCUGGACAGAGAGGAGAACGCCUGGCACAACGUCUCCGUCAUCGCCACGGAGUUCAACAACCCGCGGCAGAUCAGCCGUGUCCCUGUGUACGUCAGAGUGCUGGACGUCAACGACAACGCUCCAACAUUUGCCACCAAUUACGAGACGUUUGUGUGUGAGAACGCGAAGGCUAAUCAGAGGAUACAAACCGUGAGCGCCACAGAUCCUGAUGAUCCACUCGGAGGACACAGAUUCUUCUUCAGUCUCGCACAAGAGGCUGCAGGGAAGGCCAACUUCUCUGUCCGUGAUAACAAAGACAACACGGCCUGGAUCCUAACACGAAGGAACAGCUACAACAGUCUGCAGAUGAGCAUCUACCACGUGCCUGUGGUCAUUUCCGAUGGAGUGUUCCCCAUGCAAAGCAGCACCAACACCCUGACGGUCAGAGUGUGCACCUGCGACCGCGAGGGCAACAUGAAGCUGUGCAAUGCCGAGGCAUUCACAGCGAGGGCGGGACUCAGCACCGGAGCCCUGGUGGCCAUUUUGCUCUGUGUCAUCAUUCUGCUCAUGAUCGUGGUGCUGUUUGCUGCCCUGAGGAGACAGAGGAAGAAGGAGCCUCUGAUCAUCUCCAAAGAGGACGUCAGAGACAACGUCGUCAGCUACAAUGAUGAAGGAGGCGGAGAGGAGGACACUCAGGCCUUUGAUAUUGGUACACUGCGCAACCCAGAGGCCAUCGAGGAGAACAAGCAGCGGAGGGACAUCGUCCCCGAGACCUUCUACCCUCCGGUUCGACGGCCCGUGUUGCCUCCCAUCCGGGACAAUAACGGGGACGUGAGAGACUUCAUCAACCAGAGGCUCCAGGACAACGACAGCGACCCGACGGCGCCGCCUUACGACUCCCUGGCCACCUACGCCUACGAGGGAAACGGCUCCAUAGCAGAGUCCCUUAGCUCACUCGAGUCGGUGACCACCGAGGGCGACCAGGACUACAACUACCUGAGCGAGUGGGGGCCCCGAUUUAAGAAACUGGCAGACAUGUACGGCGCCGACGACAGCGAUUCCUAACGAGAGCCUGGCACACAGACGAAGAGAGAAAAGUGAAAUGAAACUUGUUUAAAAAACUUUUCUGGCGCACGCGUGGCGAGAGAACUGGCGAAAGGACCGAGAAACGAGCACCGUUGGUCCACGUGCUCUUUCACCGCCACCGCUCAACCAUUCAAGUCGUCCCUCCGGUGCCCAGACGUAGGAUUUGUGUGUCCAGUCAGUGUUAGUUGCGUUUUUUGCCAGGGUGCAGUGAAAAGAGACUUGGUGUCAAGACAUUUGUGUGUAUAUGGGUGUACAUGAGGCCCAAAUAUAUCUAUACCCAUAUUUUCUUUGUUUUCUCCAAAGCUGCGUGUAACGGACACGUUCGACAGGCAGCUUUGUCGACCAACACGUGUAUUCUUCAGUGUUUCUGGGACAAAAACAUGCUGCAUAUUGUGAGUUCUAUCUUAGCUUGUGUAUGUACGGUAAUAAGAUACAAUACGCUGUACAGUUCUUUUGUUUUUCUAAUGUCCAAAUGAUGGCUGCCUCACAUUAUCCACUAGUUUUGCUCGAGCCGGAAGCGAAAGGAAAUGUUGGCAUCGUCAUCUCUCGUGCAAAAUCUAGAUUGGAGAGGUGUGCAUCAUCGAACAAUCUUAGUUGUGGGACGUUGCUGUCGACAAAUGUUCUUUAAAGCAUACCUGAAGCUGUGGUAAAUGUGGAAUAUACAAACACAACACACCAGUUAGGCAUUUCUUUGCCGUAUUGGAUUGUCAUCUGUACACAGCUUCGGCUCGCCUCACAGCGAACGCUCACAUACCAAAUAUCUCCUUAUUGAGCUGAAUGUCUUCAGAAAGAUUUUUCUCUUAGCAGCAAACUCUUUGGUACACAACAUAGUGUUAUUCUCUAAAAUUCACCAAUCUAAUGUGCACCAGGCUCAGUUAGAGGAAAAUACUGGUCCUGUUGGACUCCUUCACUCUGAGUCACUCCGUGCGGCGGGGUGUAAAUCAGAGACAAAUUAACUCUCGAGUGCUGAAAUGAUGCCACCGAGCUUGAAACUACAGCAUCAAAUUAGAUUAGAUAAAACAUCUUAUGGACAAGCUGUUAAAUUCAUCGUUUCAUUUUAUUGUAUUCCCUGAAAAGAUGGUUUCAUUGGAUCCGUUUCAUGGGAUGCAGAAAACUAUGAUAUUUUGAUUGGAAUUAUAAAAGCAUAUUAGAUGAAGCCUGAAGUCAGAGUCUUGAUCCUGAGAUGGUCUCUGCACAACCGAAUGUAAAAGCACCAGUAUUUUCCUUUAACGCCCCCCCUCCCCGUCCACUACAUGUACUGUACGUCGUGUUGAACAUGAAGCAAGUGUUCACCCCACUGAUUUCCUGAGUGGUGAGGAAUAAGGUUCUUAAACCCAGAGGCGUGUCCUCGGCUCAGAGCGAAGGUCGAAACAUUAUCCCGCAGCGAGAACAUACGACGGUUUAGUUUUUUAAUGUGAUUUAGAAAACAAACAUCAUUAAUACUACGACUAAAGUGGGCCGGUUGAAUAAUAACGACGGGCUCAACAUCCACAGCACAUUAAACAUUUGUUACGCUCUGCUAUUGUAUACGCGUGUUCUCUUUUACGCCCCCUUGUUUUUGUUUAUUAGCGUGUUGCCGUGGCUCCCGUUGUAAGUGGCCAUUUCAGACUGCGGCGGUGAGGCUGCGAUAAGCAUUUAAUGGGGCUAGAAACCCUUCACUCUAAGAAAACGGCUUUUCUGCCUCAAGGUACAAUGUGAGCUCUCAAAUGGAAAUCAACAUGACAGCAGCACUCGCCAAAAGCAGUUCUUCUGUCUUCGUACAGGGUGUCAGCAUAUCGCCAUGACAAAGACGUGCUUGUGUUUUCCUAUGGAGAGUGUAAUUGCCUCCAAGCAUUGGCGCCAUGCUCAGCUGAGAUAACAAGAGAAUGUUGCACAUCUAAAACGUACCCGCACCGCCAUUUCUGCUUCUUUCUUUUUUCAUUUGAGGCAACUUAGAUGGCGACGUUGAUGUCCUCUUUCUCCAGAUACAAUAGAUCUGUGGUUGUUGAUGUGUAGACACGGUCGGCCUCGGGGGCUCACCUCUACUACGGUAUAUUAUGUUGGUGACAAUGUGAUUGAGCAGUCGAGUUUUGUCAAUGUAGAAACAAUUUGAGAGGUUGUGGUAGUGUACGGGGCCCUACUUCAUUGGCCGUUCAUCAAACUGCUUUGUAAAACGUGAUAUUUUGUACUGAAUAUUUAUAUGACACGAUUAAAUAUCUUUAAAAUCAG